UAUGACUACAGAAGGAAACUGCGUAGACUUUUACCAGUGAAUUAUAAAGAAGAGAUUGUAGAGCUGCUGAAACUGUCUGGACCUGUGUUUCUAUCUCAGCUGAUGGUCUUUCUGAUCAGUUUCGUCAGUACUGUGUUCUGUGGACACUUGGGGAAAACUGAACUAGCUGCUGUUGCUCUUGCCACUGCUGUUAUUAAUGUGACUGGCCUCUCUGUUGGUUCUGGUUUGGCAUCUGCGUGUGAUACACUCAUCUCACAGACGUUUGGCAGUAAUAAUCUGAAGCGGGUUGGUGUGAUACUACAGAGAGGGAUUCUCAUCCUCCUGUUGGCCUGUUUCCCCUGCUGGGCUCUGUUCAUAAAUACAGAGUCAAUACUACUGGCUGUCAAACAAAGUCCAAGAGUGGCCAGUCUGUCACAACGCUAUGUAAAUAUAUUCAUACCAGCUCUGCCUGCCUCCUUUAUGUAUCAGUUGCAGGCAAGGUAUCUUCAGAAUCAGGGUAUUAUUUGGCCUCAGGUGAUCACAGGAGCAGUUGUGAAUGUCCUCAACGCUCUCAUAAAUUACAUCUUCCUUUAUCAGCUUGAUCUUGGUGUAAUAGGAUCUGCUGCAGCAAACACAAUAUCACAGUAUUCAUUAGCUGUGUUUCUAUACGUCUACAUCCGCUGGACAGGUUUGCAUAAAGCCACGUGGGACGGUUGGUCUCGUGACUGUCUGCAGGAAUGGGGGGCUUUUGUUCGCCUGGCCCUUCCCAGCAUGCUCAUGCUUUGUGCAGAGUGGUGGACCUAUGAGAUUGGUGGAUUCCUGGCAGGACUUAUCAGUGAGUCUGAGCUGGGAGCCCAGUCUGUUGUCUAUGAAUUGAUCAGCGUCGCAUACAUGUUUCCUCUGGGGUUUGCAGUGGCCGCCUGUGUGAGAGUUGGAAAUGCACUCGGAGCUGGAAACACAGAAAACGCCAAACUUUCAGCCAAAGUCUCUUUAGUCUGUGGAUUUCUUGUUUCCUGUGUGAUUGCGACUGUUAUUGGAGCUACUAGCAACAUUAUUGGAUACAUCUUUACCACAGACAGGGACAUUGUGCUCAGAGUUUCACAGGUCAUGGUUAUGUAUGGCUUUGUUCAUCUAUUCGAUGCCAUUUCGGCUAUAACAAGUGGAAUUGUCAGAGGUGCUGGAAAGCAACUGAUUGGUGCUCUGUGUAACAUUGUUGGAUAUUAUUUGAUUGGAUUACCAAUAGGAGUCACCCUAAUGUUUGCUGUCAACAUGGGAAUUAUUGGUUUGUGGGUUGGGUUUUUUGUUUGUGUUUUCCUGCAAUCUUUGUUCUUCAUCAUCCUCAUUUGGAAAAUGGACUGGAAGAAAGCAACUCAAGAGGCUUUGGUCAGAGCAGGUGUACAAGAUCCUGAAACCAAAAAUGAAUGUUAUGCUAUGGAAAACCAGGGCUUCACAGAAGAAUUAUCACAGGUGCCACAGCACAGUGAAGGACGUCAAGAAGAUAUAAACACAGACCUAGAAGCAGAAGGAGGAUCAUUAGAGGUUGUUGCAUUGGUCACAGUUGGAGAGGUCUUAAACACCAAACAGCUGGUGGUCCGUCGAGGACUUUCUGUUUUCUUUAUGCUGCUUAUACUCUCCGGAGGGAUUGCGUCGAAUAAAGUCCUUACUGACUUGCUCAGAUACACAGCGAUAAUGGACGUUAUCAAACCAGAAACUCAGAUGAAUGGAGAAUCAAAACAAGAGAAAUGUGAUGAUGCUCAGUCAACAUGUUCACACAGUGUAUGUGGAGGAGGAUGUGGAAGGAAAAUCCGAAGUCUGUUACCGGUGCAUUAUAAAGAAGAGAUUGUGCAUUUGCUUAAACUGGCUGGACCAGUGUUAAUAUCUCAGCUGAUGAUCUUUCUGAUCAGUUUCAUCAGUACUGUGUUCUGUGGACACUUGGGGAAAACUGAACUCGCUGGUGUUUCUCUUGCUAUUGCUGUUAUUAAUGUGACUGGGAUCUCUGUUGGUUGUGGUUUGGCGUCUGCGUGUGAUACACUCAUCUCACAGACGUUUGGCAGUAAUAAUCUAAAGCGGGUUGGUGUGAUACUACAGAGAGGGAUUCUCAUCCUUCUUUUGGCCUGUUUCCCCUGCUGGGCUCUGCUUAUAAAUACAGAGCCGAUACUACUGGCUGUCAAACAAAGUCCAAGAGUGGCCAGUUUGUCACAACUCUAUGUAAAAAUAUUUAUGCCUGCACUGCCUGCUGCCUUUAUGUAUCAGGUGCAGGGCAGAUAUCUUCAAAAUCAGGGUAUUAUUUGGCCUCAGGUGAUCACUGGAGCAGCUGGGAAUGUCCUCAAUGCUUUAAUAAACUACAUCUUCCUUCAUCUGCUUGGUCUUGGUGUAGCAGGAUCUGCUGCAGCAAACACAAUAUCCCAGUAUUCAUUAGCUGUGUUUCUAUAUGUCUACAUCCGCUGGAGAGGUCUGCAUAAAGCCACGUGGGAUGGUUGGUCUCGUGACUGUCUGCAGGAAUGGGGGGCUUUCGUUCGCCUGGCUCUACCCAGCAUGCUCAUGCUUUGUGUGGAGUGGUGGACCUAUGAGAUCGGUGGAUUCCUGUCAGGACUCAUCAGUGAGGCUGAGCUGGGAGCUCAGUCUAUUAUCUAUCAGGUGUCUACUAUUGCAUAUAUGUUUCCUCUGGGGUUUGCAGUGGCCGCCAGUGUGAGAGUUGGAAAUGCACUCGGGGCUGGAAACACAGAUCGAGCCAAACUAUCUGCCAAAGUCUCUUUGGGCUGUGGAUUACUUGUUUCCUGUGUAGUUUCAGCCAUAAUUGGAUCAUCCAAAAACAUUAUUGCAUACAUCUUCACCACAGAAGAGGACAUUGUACAGAGAGUUUCACAGGUCAUGAUUAUAUACGGCUUCUUCCAUCUAUUUGAUGCAACUGCGGGCAUAACAGGUGGAAUUGUCAGAGGAGCAGGAAAGCAACUUAUUGGUGCUAUGUGUAACAUUGUUGGAUAUUAUUUCAUUGGAUUUCCAAUAGGAGUCACCUUGAUGUUUGCUGUCAGCAUGGGCAUUUUCGGUUUGUGGGUUGGGUUUUUUGUUUGUGUUUUCCUGCAAGCUUUGUUCUUCGUCAUCCUCAUUUGCAAACUAGACUGGAAGAAAGCAACUCAAGAUGCUUUGAUCAGAGCAGGUGUACGAGAUCCUGAUACCAAAGAUGAAUGUUAUGCGAUGGAAAACAAGGGCUGCACUGAAGAUGUUUCACAGGGGGCACAGAACAUUGCUGAAGGUCAGACAGACCUGGAAGGCUUUCAUAAGGAAGGAGAAAUAGCUGCGGCUGGUACCAUAGUCACGGUUGGAGAGGUCUUGACCACCAAACAGCUAGUAGUCCGUCGAGGACUUGCAGUUUUCUCUAUGCUGGCUAUACUUGCUGGAGGGAUUGUGUUGAAUGAAGUGCUUACUGGUUUUCUCAGAUCAGUAUAAUCAGAGGUUAAGAAUCCUCACGUUGAAGUAUUCAUACCAAAGAUUUUAGAGCAUUUAAUAACGACAAUAUCUGUCUCAGAUUAUUUUGUGGUAAUAGAUAUUGUGGAGAUGAUGUGAAGCUAUUUUGCCAGUAUUUAUUCAGCAAGUUUCUGAUGUAUUAACCAAACCAAAACGCUCACUUCUGGCGUGAAAAUAGUAGUUGAUAUAAAAGCAGAAAUGGUUUAGAUAGAAUGUAGAAACAGCCACUGUAUGCUUAGCCAUUGUGACAGUUAUACGCACAAUUUAACUACAGCUAUUCAGACCAAUGAGAGAAACUUGAUAAGUCAUUACAGUAUUUGCAUUUCUUUUUUAAACUAAAUUUAAUUUGAAUAUUGCCAUACGUUCUGCCUAAUUUGUCUAUGAUAUACCAUAAAAUACUAUUUUGUUUAAACAAUCUAUAAAUAUUUUUACUAGUCACUGUUGCAUGGUCCAGAAGAAAAAAAAUGUUUUAACUUCCGAUGGCACACAUGCAAUCCAGAAGUCUUGUUAGUAGGAUUACUAUGUAGUCAUUUAUAUAGUCAUUCUUAUUGUGAACUCGACAGCAAUAAUGUGAGUUACAACACUUUUGGCUUUAUAGUUGUACUUUUAGUGGUUAAUUUCUACUGAUGUAUUCAAAGUCAUUGACUUUCUAUUCAACUGACCAAUCUACAUCUUUCUCAUUUGUUUUUACAUUGUAAUAUAAAAAAAUUAUUUUGUGGUAUAGUCACGAAUAAUUCGAUUUAUUUAUUUGUGUUCAUGUUUACAAUUUCCCUCUUUUCUUCAUGUAAAUAAGCAUGACUUUCUUUUUUGUGUCACUCUGCACACAUUUCUAUAUGAAGAGUUUCGUUGCAAAACGAGAUAACCACCGUUUUUUUAAUCGUUCAGAAAUCUAGUUUUUUGGUUGUGCAUUCAAAUGAAUAUCAAUGCAACUGCAGCUGGUUUGUUUUGAUUUAAACCUUCAUAACUUAAAAAAUACAGCUAAGUAGCACCAUAAAACAAAAUAAUAACAUCA